CUGAUCAAAUUCCUUGUUGAUUGAUUUGCGUUUCGCCAUUAGGUAGUCUCGCUGCUUUUCUCCCAUCUUUUGUUCAGAUCAAAAAUUACAGGCGGAGAUCGAUUAAGCAGCAGCAGCAGCAGGUCAAUUCGAUUCUAAUCUUGAUGUUAGCAUCGAGGUAGCUCAUAUCCAUAUGGUGGUGGUAGUUGAACUCAAUUAGGGUGAUUGAUGGAUAUUUCAAUGUAUUACCAUCUCCUCCUCCUAACUUACUCGGCUCCGGCUUGGGCAAGCUUUAUGGCGGGUGCUUUUUUGAUUCUCACCCUCUCCCUUUCCUUCUAUCUUGUCUUCGAUCACCUUUCUACUUACAAGAACCCUGAGGAGCAAAUGUUUUUGAUCGGAGUCAUCCUGAUGGUCCCUUGCUAUUCAAUUGAGUCUUUUGCAUCACUUGUCAACCCAUCCAUCAGCGUUGAUUGCGGCAUUCUACGUGACUGCUAUGAAUCCUUUGCCAUGUACUGUUUUGGUCGCUACCUUGUUGCCUGCUUAGGUGGGGAAGAUAGGACCAUUGAGUUUAUGCAGCGACAAGGCCGCAAGAGCUUUAAGACUCCCCUCUUACUAGAUCACAAUGAUGAUAAGGGAACUAUUAAACAUCCUUUCCCUAUGAAUCUUUUCUUAAAACCCUGGAGGCUCAGUCACUGGUUCUAUCAAGUUGUUAAGUUUGGUAUUGUUCAAUAUAUGAUUAUAAAGUCUCUCACUGCCCUCACUGCCCUCAUUCUUGAAGCCUUCGGUGUCUACUGUGAAGGAGAGUUUAAAUGGGAUUGUGGGUACCCUUACUUGGCAGUUGUUCUAAAUUUUAGCCAGUCAUGGGCAUUAUACUGUCUGGUUCAGUUCUAUGCUGCAACAAAAGAUGAGCUGGCCCACAUAAAUCCGCUUGCCAAGUUUCUAACAUUCAAGUCAAUCGUGUUUUUGACUUGGUGGCAAGGUGUUGCCAUUGCUCUUCUCUCUUCCCUCGGUUUGUUCAAAAGUUCCAUUGCACAGAGCUUGCAGUUGAAGACUAGUGUUCAAGAUUUCAUCAUUUGCAUUGAGAUGGGUAUUGCUUCGGUUGUUCACCUGUAUGUAUUCCCAGCAAAACCUUACGGUCUAAUGGGAGAUCGCUUUACUGGAUCUGUAUCAGUUCUCGGGGACUAUGCAUCCGUGGACUGUCCUAUUGAUCCCGAUGAGAUUAGGGACAGUGAGAGACCAACGAAGGUCCGCCUUCCACAUCCUAACGUUGAUAUCAGAAGUGGUAUGACCAUCAAAGAAAGCAUGAGAGAUGUUUUCGUUGGUGGUGGUGAAUACAUUGUGAAAGACGUCAGGUUCACAGUGACUCAAGCAGUCGAGCCUAUGGAGAAGAGUAUCACAAAGUUUAAUGAGAAACUGCACAAGAUCUCCCAGAACAUCAAGAAACACGACAAGGACAAGAGAAGAGUUAAGGAUGACAGUUGCAUGUCAUCAUCAUCUAGUCGGCGAGUGAUUCGCGGGAUCGAUGAUCCGCUUUUAAAUGGGAGUUUUAGUGAUAGCGGAGUUACAAGGACCAAAAAGCACCGACGCAAAUCAGGGUACACAAGCGCGGAAAGCGGGGGAGAGAGCAGUAGUGAUCAAGCUUAUAGUGGAUUUGAAGUAAGGGGCCGUAGAUGGAUCACAAAGGAUUAACUAAACAUUCAAGGAGAGAGACCAUUCUACAUUUUUUUCCUUAACGCCCAGGUGUUUUGCAGAUCACCAAGAAGCCGUUACAUAUUGAAUAUAUUUUAUGUACAGAGUUGAAGAUACAUAACAUGAGGCAUGAUUUCUUAUUCCAAACAGAAGAAUAAACCUUCAUGCUCGCUUUGUCUUUCUAACAAACUGAUGUCAUAAUAGAAUCCAUCUUCCCUGCUA